AGUAACUCUCUGACCUGACAGUGAAACUGAACAAUAAAUAACGAGAGGAAGUGAUAGAGUUCAAUAAUUUAAAUCGAUAGUCACUUCAAAUUUAUCCUUUCGGUAUUAACUCUUUUUUUUUUUUUUUUCGUAAUAAACAAUUUAAUCGAAAAUAAUUUUUUUUCCCUAAAUUCUCCAAUAUUUUUGCCGCAAAGUAAUUUUUUAAGAAAACUAUUUUCCCAUUAAAAAUACAAUUAGUUUUCUUUUUCGUUUCUUCGUAAUAAGAAAGAAGAAAUUAUUAACGAUGAGUAAUUCUUCGGGCAGAAAGGAGAAAAUGGAAUUGCCUCAUCUGCUCGUUAAUUGUGUGUCAACGAAUGGCUUCUUAACCAGUUUGCGGAAGAUCGCAAGGCACGAGGAGCCAGAGUUCAGUAACGCGAGCAUUCUCAACAGUAUGGAGAAAUUUGUACGAACGGUGAACGAGAUGGAGGAUACAAUUCUCGUUCCAAGUCGGCUAUUGGAUCUCGUUGUUGGCGAUUCAACGGACAUUAUUUGCGAAAAGGGCAAGAGUGGCUCAAACAUCAAGGACACAAUGGCCAAUACAGAUCUCUAUCGACUCUACAAUAUCGUGAAUAAGAUGAAAGUUGAACUUCUCUGGUCGCAGGAGACACUAAAAUCGCAAGUUGAUCUUGAACGUGAUGACAUUCAACGAAACAAAAGUCAAACACAAUCGGAGAAUGGCAGCGUUCGUUUGGGUCAUGCACGUUGUCCAAGUACAACAUCAAUGCAAAGUGUACAAAGUGCAUCGUCAAUGGUAUCAAGUUCAUCGGAUUCAGAGUCAGAUGCUGGCAUUGAAAAUGACUCGGGUCUUGAGACUGAGGAAUAUGGCGAUCGUAUGGCAACAAUUGCCGCUGAAAAUUUCCGACGUCACUUACGUGGUCUUCAUCGUAGCAUUGCUCGAAUGACAGACGCUGCUGAAUAUCUAACUCUUCGAUAUCAAGCCGAUAUUGGAGGACAAGUCUGAUAUUCCAAUUUCUUCUCCCCAUGUCGAUCCUUCAUUACCUCAUUCGCAAAACAUUCUCAUCAUCCUCUAAUUAAUUUCUAACGAUUGUUAAAUAUUUGUAACGACAAAAAAAAAACGUUGUUCGUCGAAUCUUGAUAACCAACUUGGAGAGCAGGAGAUAACAAAAAAAAAUUAGAAUUACGUCCAGUUUAACGAAAAAUCAAAAAAAGUCUCCUUGGUUCUCGACUACGAAAAAGUGUUCUUUAAUUUUCAAGUCCCUGAAGUUUGCGUCGAACUAAUUUCACUUCCUUUACAGGAAGAAGAGGAAAAUUUUAUACAAACCAAAUAUUAUGAGUUGAACAAAAAAAAAACAAAUGUCUCAGGCCCUAAAUUUAUUUGUUCCAAAUAAAAAUUUUAUUCGACACAAAUUGUCUGCUUGAACCAAGUAAAUUUCUUUGAAA